GGGAGCGCGCGGCCGCCCCGAGACCCGGAGGUGAGGUGGACCGCUGAGCGGGCGGCGGCGGCGGGAGCUGGCCCCGCAGGAUUUACAGAUGGAUCCAGCGGAAAAGACAACAAACAGAAGUGAACAAAAAUCCAGUAGAAAGUUCCUGAAAAGCCUCAUCCGGAAGCAGCCGCAGGAGCUGCUGCUGGUCAUCGGGACGGGCGUCAGCGCCGCCGUGGCCCCCGGGAUCCCCGCCCUGUGCUCCUGGAGGAGCUGCAUCGAGGCGGUCAUUGAGGCGGCCGAGCAGCUGGAGGUGCUGCACCCCGGGGACGUGGCGGAGUUCCGCCGCAAGGUGACGAAGGACCGGGACCUGCUGGUGGUGGCGCACGACCUGAUCCGGAAGAUGUCACCUCGCACAGGCGACACCAAGCCCAGCUUCUUCCAGGACUGCCUGAUGGAGGUUUUCGACAACCUGGAGCAGCACAUCCAGAACCCGCUGGUGCUGCAGUCCAUCCUCAGCCUGAUGGAGCGGGGCACCAAGGUGCUGACCACCAACUAUGACAACCUGCUGGAGAUCUUCGGGCAGCAGCAGAGCAAGCCCAUGGAGUCUCUGGACCUGAAGGACAAGACCAAGGUCCUGCAGUGGGCCCGGGGGCACAUCCGGUACGGCGUGCUCCACAUCCACGGCCUGUACACGGACCCCUGCGGCAUGGUCCUGGACCCGUCGGGCUACAAGGACGUCACGCAAGACCCGGAAGUAAUGGAGGUCCUCCAGAACUUGUACCGCACCAAGUCCUUCCUGUUCGUGGGCUGCGGAGAGACACUCCGGGACCAGAUCUUCCAGGCCCUGUUCCUGUACUCGGUGCCCAACAAGGUGGAGCUGGAGCACUACAUGGUCGUGCUCAAGGAGAACGAAGACCACUUCUUCAAGCACCAGGCAGACAUGCUCUUGCAUGGGAUUAAAGUCGUGUCCUACGGGGACUGUUUUGACAACUUUCCUGGCUACGUGCAGGACCUCGCCACGCAGAUCUGUAGGCAGCGCAGCCCAGAUGCUGACCGAGUGGACAGCACCACACUGUUGGGGAACGCGUGUCAGGACUGCGCCAAGAGGAAGCUGGAGGAGAACGGAACGGAAGUCUCCAAACGGCCUCGGCAGUCGGACGCGGCAUCUUCUGCCCCCGUGACUGUGACAGCUUCUCAAAUCUGUAGACACACUAGGGGCUUCCCGGGGUAUCUGACUUGACUUCAUUCCGGAAAACACUGGGACUGAGGAUUUUCAGAUGAUGCUGGAGGGUCUUGAAAUCUUUAAAACCAAUAAAGCCUGCAACUUGAAAACCAGCCUUCUGUAACCGCAGUGCCGUAACCCAAACGAUGAGGAAUGUUCGAAGAACUCCGCGGGGGCUCUCCUCCCCGAACCCACCCCUCCCCCGACGUGUGGCCGCGCGGCCUCGGAGGCUGGUGCGAUCCCACCGUGGGCUUUGGCUGCUGGGGAGGUGAGGCGCCGCGGCGGGGCCCGCUGUGCAGCCGGCGGCCGGCUACCUCAGGGACCGCGCGGCGGGCGGCCAGCCCGGGCCUCCGGGCUCCCGCUCCGCACGCCCCCAUCGUCAAGGUGGUUUUUCUAAUAAAAGGGGAGGGUGAGGACUGUCCAAGCAACAGGAGUUGCCAAAGAGGAAAAACAAAAAACUAGACACUUAAAUUUUCUAACCUUUCUGUGGAAACGUGUGUUACUGUAGAGAAACGUGCGCGUUUGUGGUUGGCGAGCGGAGCGGGAGCCGGUGCUCCGAGGCACGGCGCCUGCUGCUGAGAACGCGGUGUUUGAAAAAGACCAGCUCUGUGGGUUUCUCCAGAAUUCCCUAAUUUUGGUGACUUCGGCUCCCGAGAACGGCAGGCCCGAGCUCGGCGGAGGCCCCGGACGGCAGCUCCCUCCCGGCCGGGUCCGCUUGCCGGCCGCCGGCUGAGAACCGGCAAGUGCAGCACGAGACCAAGAUCGAAGCUUUUAGUUAGAAGGUCAAGUCCAAGUUUUCCGAGUUUUUAUUCUAUGGGGUAAGGUCCAACCUUUCUGUCCAUCUCUUCUGAGUCUCUUCCUCCAGCCCAGUUGUCAGCAAGGCAGGCAGAGCCUGCGGCCGUGCGGGCGGUCGGGGUCUGCCGGGCGCUGCUCCGACCGUGACCCCGGCGGGGACCCUGCUUGCUUUCCCUUUCAGAGGCUGCUGUGUUUGAUGUGGUUUCUUGCCAAGUCCCACGACACUCUCAUUGAUGGCGCUGGAGCUACCCCAGGUAGCGGGAAGGUUAAGAACAGGAAACACGAGGUUGGGAUGUGUCGUGAGUGGGAGAGAAGCCAGAGACCCGCUUAAGACUUUUUUUUCUUUUUGAAGCAUGAAAAAUUUUAUGUUACU